ACCCGUAAGACGCUCACAAAUCCUUCCCCCAGGACUGUUCUCUUCUUCAUCUCUCCACGAUCAUCUCUCCGUCUUUUUCUUUUCUGAAUUAAAAUCACCUCGUCUUCACAUCUUAACCAUGGCUGAUGCAACCCCCGGCCUCACCCCCGAGCAACUCGCCGCCUUCCACAAGGACGGCUACCUCAUCAUCCGCAACGCCCUCACCCAAGACACCGUCUCCUCCCUCCUCAGCGAAACCCACCACCUGCUCGAGAGCUUCUCCCUCGAGGACCACCCCCUCACGCGCUUCUCCACGGGCGAAAAGUCGGACCACGUGGGCGACGACUACUUCCUCUCGUCGGGCGACAAGAUCCGCUUCUUCUUCGAGGAGGACGCCUUUGACGACGCGGGCAACCUGACCAAGCCAAAGGAGCGCGCCGUCAACAAGAUCGGGCACUACCUGCACGCCCUCUCGCCGCCCUUUGCGGCGCUGCUCGACGACGCCCGGGCGCGGAACAAGGGCGAGGUCAGUCCCGCGGCGGUGGCGCGCGACCUGGGCUUCGCCGACGCCCGAUGCCUGCAGAGCAUGGUCAUUUGCAAGCAGCCCGAGAUUGGCGGCGCCGUGCCGCCGCACCAGGACUCGACGUUUUUGUACACGGAGCCGCCGUCGGCCGUGGGCUUCUGGUACGCGCUCGAGGACGCGACGCUGGAGAAUGGGUGUCUGAGUUUCUUGCCCGGGUCGCAUCGCUGGGCGCCCAUCGAGAAGAGGCUUGUGCGCAAGGCGGGAGGCACGGGGACGGAGAUUGUGGAUAAUGAGGGUUCGAGGUUUCCGCCUGGGGAGGAGUAUGGCGAGGAGAAGAAGAAGGAGGGUGUGGAGGGGGGAGAGUAUGUGCCUGGAGAGGUCAAGGCGGGUGAUUUGGUGCUGAUUCAUGGGAAUCUGCUGCACAAGAGUGAGCGGAAUACGAGUUCCAAGGGGCGCAUUAUCUAUACGUUUCAUAUUAUUGAGGGCGAGGGGAGGAAGUAUGAUGAGAAGAACUGGUUGCAGCCGCCAAAGGAGGGCUUUACGAAGCUGUUUGCCUAGAGGGACAGCACAGCGAGAAAUCAAAGGGGCUUGAGUGUUGUAGAGGGUGCUGCCGCUCAAGUUUUAUGUGCACAUCAUGGUUUGAGGAAGUCUAUCCGUUGCUCAUGCGCGCUCUAAUGAUACAUUUAGGCGU